AUGUCAUGGGAGGCAUCCAAGGCUCCAGCUCGAACGCCAAGUCCCGAACCCGAAUCGAUCUUCGAAGACGCCCUUACCACGAUCUUCAAUGACGUACAACUAUCCCAUGGCGAGCCCGGGAAGGACUUCAUCUACCACCAUCCCCAAUACGGUGAUAUCAAGUUACGACUGAGUUCGCCAAGCUGGGACCACAUCCCCCUCUUCGCCCACUUCCUCUGGUCCUCCUCCCUCCUCCUCACCCACCUCCUCGCCUCAACAACAUACUCCUUCCACAACCAAUCCGUCCUCGAACUCGGUGCGGGAACGGGGUUGGUCGGGAUCUGUGCGGUACGGGGGGGUGCGCGGUGGGUUACCGUCUCAGACUACCCUUCUGACCAAAUCAUGGAGGCUUUGAGGUGGAAUGUUGGAACGCAGGUUCGGGAGAGUGAGAGGGAUAGGGUGUGUGUGCAGCCGCAUACCUGGGGUGAGGAGCCGUUUCCUCUCAUCCCCGAGGAGGAAGGGGACGGGAGAAGGUAUGAUUGGGUCGUGGCAUGCGACACCCUCUGGAUCCCCUCCCAACACACAAACCUAAUCUCAACAAUCACGCAUACCCUAUCCCACACCCCCCACGCCCGCCUCCUCCUCAUCGCAGGUUUCCACACCGGUCGCGCAAAUGUUGCGGGGUUCUUCGAUCUUCUAUCACAAGCCGGGUUUGUUGAGCGGGAUAGAGGGAUACGGGAACGGAUGGUCACAGAAGAGGGCAUAGAGAGGGACUGGAGGGGGGUUAGGGGGGAGUGGGAGGAGGAUUUGGUGGAGAGGAAGAGGUGGGUUGUUGUUGCGGAGAUGGGGUGGGGGGAGGGGAAGUUGGGGGAGUUUGCGAGAGCGGGGUGA